AUGCACACGAGCCCUAUGAAAGCAUCGGCACCACGCCAACCGAGAAGGGCCAGCGUCGGGGCUGGUCUAGAAAACACACCGUCGGUUUUGGUCGGUGUGACCAAGAUGGAAGUCCUCUCAGCCGCCAAACUACGACGCACCGAACGCACACACUUUGUCAGAUCUUGGAGCGCGCUUACGAGCUCCAGUCGUCGGACGAAGCACGUACGAAGCCGUGCGACGCCAUCGAGCGCGCCGUCGAGCUCUACCGUUCACCACGCGAGUGCGCGCUGCGCGAUUACAUUGAAACGACACUCGACCCCGCGAUUCGCACAUUCUUUGAGCACUACAUGA